CGUCCUCUCAGGGCCUAGGGCGCUCUCCUCCCGGCUCUCAGAGAUAAGGGACACCCCCCCACCGGGCGUUUGUGGCCCGACGGACCUCGGAUAAACCGUCCUCAGAUUGGUCAGCGCCGCAGCCACAGCCCGGAGCCGGAGCCGACCGCGCCCGCCGGGCCCCCAGCCUCGCCCCGCCGGCAGCCUGCGGCCCGGGAGCAGACCGAGCGCAGCGACAGCGCCUCUCCGCCGCCGGUCCCGGACACCAUGGCCAAGACCCGCAGGGACAGGAACAGCUGGGGUGGAUUUUCAGAAAAGACGUAUGAAUGGAGCUCAGAAGAGGAAGAGCCAGUGAAAAAGGCAGGACCAGUCCAAGUCCUCAUUGUCAGAGACAACCAUUCCUUUGAGUUAGAUGAAGCUGCCCUAAACCGGAUCCUUCUCUCGGAGGCCAUCAGAGACAAAGAGGUUGUUGCUGUGUCCGUCGCUGGUGCCUUUAGAAAAGGGAAGUCCUUCCUCAUGGACUUCAUGUUGAGAUACAUGUACAACCAGGAAUCAGUCGAUUGGGUUGGAGAUUACAAUGAACCGUUGACUGGUUUUUCAUGGAGAGGUGGGUCUGAACGAGAGACCACAGGAAUUCAGAUAUGGAGCGAAGUCUUCCUUAUCAAUAAACCUGAUGGUAAACAGGUUGCUGUGUUAUUGAUGGACACUCAGGGAACCUUUGAUAGUCAGUCGACUUUGAGGGAUUCGGCCACAGUGUUUGCCCUUAGCACAAUGAUCAGCUCAAUACAGGUGUAUAACUUAUCCCAAAACGUCCAGGAGGAUGAUCUUCAGCACCUUCAGCUUUUCACCGAGUAUGGCAGACUGGCAAUGGAGGAAACAUUCCUGAAGCCAUUUCAGAGUCUGAUAUUUCUCGUUCGAGACUGGAGUUUCCCAUAUGAAUUUUCAUAUGGAGCUGAUGGUGGCGCCAAAUUCUUGGAAAAACGCCUCAAGGUCUCGGGGAACCAGCAUGAAGAGCUACAGAAUGUUCGGAAACACAUCCAUUCCUGCUUCACCAACAUCUCCUGUUUUCUGCUACCUCAUCCGGGCUUAAAAGUAGCUACCAAUCCAAACUUUGAUGGAAAACUGAAAGAAAUAGAUGAUGAAUUCAUCAAAAACUUGAAAAUACUGAUUCCUUGGCUACUGAGUCCUGAGAGCCUAGAUAUUAAAGAGAUCAAUGGGAAUAAAAUCACCUGCCGCGGUCUGGUGGAGUACUUCAAGGCCUAUAUAAAAAUCUAUCAAGGUGAAGAAUUGCCACAUCCCAAGUCCAUGCUCCAGGCCACAGCAGAAGCUAACAAUUUAGCAGCCGUGGCGACUGCCAAGGACACAUACAACAAAAAAAUGGAAGAGAUUUGUGGUGGUGACAAACCAUUUCUGGCCCCUAAUGACUUGCAGACCAAACAUCUGCAGCUUAAGGAAGAAUCUGUGAAGCUAUUCCGAGGGGUGAAGAAGAUGGGUGGGGAAGAAUUUAGCCGGCGUUACCUGCAGCAGUUGGAGAAUGAAAUAGAUGAACUUUACAUCCAGUAUAUCAAGCACAAUGAUAGCAAAAAUAUCUUCCAUGCAGCUCGUACCCCAGCCACGCUGUUUGUCGUCAUCUUUAUCACAUAUGUGAUUGCGGGUGUGACUGGAUUCAUUGGUCUGGACAUCAUAGCUAGCCUCUGCAACAUGAUAAUGGGACUGACCCUCAUCACCCUGUGCACCUGGGCGUACAUCCGCUACUCUGGAGAAUACCGAGAGCUGGGGGCCGUGAUAGACCAGGUGGCUGCAGCCUUGUGGGAUCAGGGAAGUACAAAUGAGGCUUUAUACAAGCUUUACAGUGCGGCGGCAACCCACAGACAUCUGUACCAUCAAGCUUUUCCUACACCAAAGUCAGAAUCUGCUGAACAAUCAGAAAAGAAGAAAAUGUGAUCCAUGUUUUAAAAAAUACAGGCGCAUGACUAAUUGUCAAUUAAAUAUUCAGUUUUAUGUCUCCAUGCGAACAUUCACAGUGCUUCCAUCAGAGCAGAGUAAGAUGCCAAACACCUCUGAAAACUGCACGAUGGAUUAGAUCUUCUACUUCAGUGUUUAAUAAGCUCAUGUAUGUAUGCAUGGUUAUAUCAUUUUGUUAACACGUACAAUUUCCUGAUUUUUGUCUCCAAAUAUGCUAUUAUAAUUUAAAGUAUUUGUCUAUUUUUGAUAACGGUCUAUGUGUUCUGCUUGAAUUUACUAAAUUCUACUCCUGGGUUACGAUUAAACCAUGUAGUGAUGCUAUUCC